GGGGAAGGGGUGGGGAGGGGAGUCAGGAACACCUGACUGCACAAGGCAUAGAUAGAGGCAUGAGCAGCGUGCUUGAGAGGACAUCAGGGGACAAGCUCGAGGUGUACACCCUCCAAGCCAAGAAGGCAACUCCUCGUAUGGUCCGCGACCUGGUGACCAAGGCUCUUGACGACGCCGAGGUCUUUGUCUUUGGGGAGCUCCUCGCCCUUCCCUCUGUACAGGCGCUGGAAGAGACAGAGCACAAGCCAUACCUCGACUUGCUGCAUAUCUUUGCCUACGGCAACCUCACACAGUAUCGCACCUCGGCCGACGAGCUGUCGCUGCCUCAGCUGUCGGAGGCCCAGCUGCGCAAGCUCCGCCAGCUGACCCUGGUCUCGCUCGCUGCAGCAUCGCCGACCAUCACCUACGACGACAUCAAAGCCGCGCUCGAGAUGACCGAGACCCGUGCCAUGGAGGACCUCAUCAUUGAGUGCAUCUACGCCUCGCUCCUUGUUGGCAAGUUUGACCAGGCCAACUCGGUCCUCGUCAUCGAGGCCUGCAUGGGCCGCGACAUGCGCCCAGCCGAGCUGCCGGAGACCAUCGGCCACCUCGAGGCUUGGAUCGCCCGCGCCAACGUUGUUCUUGGCGACCUCUCGGUCGCUGCCACCACCGCCGCAGACCAGACCGCCGCCGCCGAGGUCCUCGCUGCCGAGGUCUCCCAGGAGCACGACGAGCGCAAGCACCACAUGGAGCUCUCCAUCGAGCACGAGGUCCAAGCCCUGGCCGGCAAAGAGGGCUCCGAGCAGGGCCGACGCCAGCGCCGUCGCCUUGCCCCCUCGGCCAUGCCGCAUCCAUCUCACCGUCGCUAG